GGACAGACACAAACAUUAUUAAGCCCAAGAAAAACCUUCGCCACAUUUAGGGUGGGUGCUUUGAGCUCGUCCUUGGCCAGGGUGCACCCCAUACUGUGUAAAUCCAGUGCUGAGCAGUGCCUUACAGGUGGGACCUCACUGGUUCUGCAUUUACUCUUCACUAUCUUUGCUUGAGCCGAUCAGUGCUACCUCCAAGUCAGAACACAGCCUUGCACAGUAGCAGGGAGCCACGGUUGACAGACAUGGAGAUAAAGAGCGUUUCCAUUGGACCUCAGAGCCUGGGCACUGCAAAAAUCCCCAUCUCCUCCCAUAAACUGGGGCACCCAACUGCACAUGACCCAGGCUGGGAGCACACAGGGAGCCAUGGAGGAGCAGUGAGAUAAGUUAAGAGCCCUGACCCAAGGUGUGGGAGUGUCCCCACCCCACUUUCCAAAGGAUGUUUCACUCAGGUGCAGCAUAUUGCUCCCUUUGUCUGAAGCUCUGCAUUAAAGCCCUUAAUUGUCACUGCACCUGAGCACCUUGGGGCCUUUCCUCCUCUGAUCCUGGAGGAAAGACACCUUUUGUCUGGGCAUGAGACCAGCAGGGAAUGAAAACUGGGUGCACCAGCCCUUGUCUUGCUGCUUCUGGUUGUCAGCACAAGAAGCUGUUGUGUUUACCCACACUCAAGGGCAAUCGUCCGUCACUAACAACACAGCACAGCACCGUCAGCCCCACCACCCUAAGCCUGGCCAGGGAGCAGGGCAGAGCCAGCAGGAGGGCAGCACUGCUGGGAAGGACGGGCAGCCCCAGAACAUCCAGACAAGAGGCAUUGGCUGUUUCCAGAAUACAUUGGUUUGGAUGGAAGAAGGCUGCCUUAGCAAACACACGUCCUGGCCAGGUGUGAAAUCUGACCCAACGGGAGUGGAGGAAAAGUUAACCUCAACCAGUGCAAGCAGGGACUGAGCAUGGCUUGGGGAGAUGUGGCUUAGAGAAAAUAGGAUAAAGAAGUGUGAAGGACCUGAGAGAAGCCACUGAUCUCAAGAACUGGAGAAGUGGAGUUCAGACCCAGUGCACUUUCACACAGGACUGUCCCUUCUGCAUAAACCCUCAGGGCAGAUCUGUCACUCAAACUGUCAUUGAAACCCAUGCACUGUUUUGGUUGCAGAUCCAGCUUUGCUCCCCUUCGAUUUUUGUACCGUUCUCCCUGUUUAUAUUUUGAGCACAUAAUUAGUGGGCAGGACUAUGAGCUGUUCUCUGUUGCUUUGGCGUGAAUCCAGCCUAGCACCAACGCCUUGGUCCUGUGUAGACAGCAAGCACCUGAGCUCAGAGCAUGUCCCUAGAGAUCGGUCAGUAAUAGUCCUUUCACUUACUUACUCUAAACAGGGAUGAGAGUCUCAUCAUGGACUCCACUCUGGAGACCAGCCAGCAGAAGGAGAAGCUUUUGAAAGCCCUCUACACCCUCCAGCUGAAGUCAAACACCACUCUCCAGACUGCCAGCCCACUGCUGAGCAGCCAGCAGGGCAUGGGCAUGGUGACACAGCUCCAAGUCCACCAGCUGGCAGACAAGACCAAAAGCCUGUGUAGAGACCUGGACAACAUCAAGAACCUCCUCCACUAUCGUCAGGAUGAGCUGGUCCGGCAGAUCCCCAACCCCACUGGCAGCCGUUAUGGGUGUGUAAGUGGAAUCCAUUGCUCCCGAGAUGGCUCCAUCUAUGUGACAGCCGAGGGUGCUCCUUGGGUGCAUGUGCUCAGCAGCACAGGCCAAAUGCUGAAGUCCCUGCCCUGCUGGCAAACGGGGAGGGAAGGUGGCAGUUUUUUGCCAGAGGAUGUGACUGUGACUCGGGCAGGAAUGGUGGCCGUAGCUGACAUGACAAAUGGGGCUGUCUGGGUCUUCAAUCCUCACACCACCCCCUCCAAAGGAGAAUGGAUAAAGAUCGGGAAGGUUGGCUCCCCCAGGGGUGUUGGAGUGGACUCCAUGGGCAACAUCUUAGUAGCAGACUAUGCCCAAGGCCAAGUCUGCAGCUUUGCACUGGACCAUGCCUUCAGGACGCUGAACAUCCGCUCAGUCCCCAACCUGCAGGGACCUCGCUACGUCAGCCCAGCACCCAACGGAGGCUUUGUGGUAAGUGAGGAGUGCGGAGAUGUCAAGGUGUUCAUGAGCAGUCAUAAACUCGUUUGCUCCCUCAGCAGCAAAUACGGACACCAGUUUGGCAACCCGGCGGGGGUGUGUGUGGAUGCAGAGGGCAGCGUGGUGGUGGCAGACGAGCAGCACCGCGCCGUCCAUUUGUUCCCAGAGAGCGGGGCUCCCAUCUGCCUGGUGUCUGCAGGGCUGCGGAGGCCGGCUGGCGUGGCCUGCUCCCCCUUCGGGCACCUCUUCGUGGCAGACACAGGUGAGAACUGUGUGAAAGUCUUCAAGUACCACGUGAGGCCCCGGCAGCCCUUGGGCACCCUGUGACAACCUUCAGAGUGGGGCCAGUUCCACCACAACCCUGCUGAGCUUUGGUGAGUUGCAAAUGAAGGCGUUCCUGUUGUCCCUGCACUCAACCACGUUGUUGCCAUUCAGCUUUUCCAGAUGGCAGAAACAAGGACUACAGCAACAACGCUUCAGUUCCACACUUCCUGGAUCCAACAGAGUAGCUAAAGGGCUGAGAUAGGACAGUGGGCAUGGAACAGCCUCCCCAGGGCAAUGGGACACUGCUCAGACAUAGGGCUUGGGUUUGGCGGUGCUGUGAGGAGCCAGGGGCUGGUAUCCACAGUCCUUAUGGGUCCCUUCCAACUUGAAGGAUUCUCUGGUUCUAUAAAAAUGAUGGUGCGUUGGUGCCUUGGAAACUCACCGCCAUCCUCUUGUGUGUCUUUUCAAUGAAUUAAUUCCUUCUCUCCCACACACACCCAUUUUACGUGGCCAUGCUUCUGCCUCCCUGAUGUCCAAGGCAGAGCACAGCCAGAGGGGUAAGGGCAGGACAGAGCUGAGUUUGCCAUACCCUCCAGGAGAACAUUAGAAGAAAGGUAACAAAUUCCAUGCCACAUUCCUGACCUCUACAGGGAAGCAGCAACUACUGCACGGAGCGCGUUUCCUAUCUGCACGUCCCAUUGCUCGCACAACAUUGGGGCUGCACAGUUCAGGAGCCACAUCGCUAUCAGCAGAAUGUGGGCAAGGCUGUUUUCCUCUCCUGCUCCAGCUUAUGGCAGCGCAGCCUGCCCCACAGCUCCGAGGCUGCAGCUGAUGCCUCUGGGCUCCCAGGGCGCUCAGCCUGCCUGUGCCGGGUGCACCAUUCUGCACUCAGUGCCGUGAUCUGUGCCCCACGGCUGCCAAAGGCUCUUAUCCCGCAUCCCAAGCACACCCCCGUGGGUGCUCCUUCCCAUCGUGUUCGGUCAGCAGGAGGGUAAGCCAGGGACAGAGCGCGGGGAGAAGCUGCCAGGCACCACGAGGCCCUGGAGCCGAGCGCCGUGGCCACGAGAGAUAGCAGGACCGAGCGCUGGCGCUGCUUAUCUCAUAGGCUCAGCAGCAGCUGCGGGUUACACCGCACGGCUCCCAGCCCUGCGAGGACGCCUCGGGUCGGUGCUGCGGGGCGAGGGGCCUGAAAACCCAGAGUGAAGCGGGGCUUUCGGAGGGGCGAAACGAGCACGGCAGCGGGCGGAACGCGGGACGCCGGGCUGCGAGGC